UUCUAUUCUUCUGGCAAUUUUAUGGAGAAAUCCGUCUUGCAACUGUCUCCUACCUUCUGGGACUCAGAAGCUGCCUGCUAUGCGAUGAGAAUUGGCUCAUCUGGGCAUGAGUUUCUUAUGAUGUGGAAGACCUCCAAGUGGCAGCCUGAUCUAUCUGCGUUCCCAACACUUGACGAGCGAGUCACUCUAAAGGAGGUCACACACAGUCCUGAGAAGGAAGCUGUGUGGAAACAGUCAUGCUUCAGGUCGUUUGGCUCGCAUGGCGUUGUGAGAGAGAAUACCGAACCAGCACCCUUUCCAGUGAUCAAACUGGCACACGAUACGCCAGUUUCGAAGCGGCUCAUCUCCAAAGAGUUUGAAAUACUUUCAGAAAUGUCUUCUCAGAGUCUCCCUGUUGUCAAAGUUGAUAAACAGCCUUUGGAGGAUCAACAAGGCAUCUUUGAGUACUCAAUGGAGAAGUUGGUCGCUAUUGAACCUGCAAAAAUCGGUUCUUACAUCGCAGACAUCGAAACUGGACUAUCGCAACUACAUCAUCAUGGUAUCGUUCACGGAGAUAUUUCUCCCAGUAACGUAAUGCUUAACAGCAUGCGCCAAAUCCGAUUCAUCGAUUUGAGUCACGCUGGAAAAUUGCACCAACCGCUUGACGAUUUUCAUCGACAUUUGGCAGAGUUUCGGGGUUGGAAUUCAUUCGAGAUAGCUAUCGAUCUGGUGAAGUUGGCGGACAUCAAGAAGACCUUUUCUACCCAUAAUUAA